UUGCGCGACAGCUGAGCUAUCGGUGGAGAGGUGAAUGAUGAUGAUGAUAGAGGGCAUGGCGGUGUAAAGGAUGCAAGCUGGCUAUUGAAUAAAUGAUUAAAUUAUCGAAAUGGAAGUGACAAAAGAAAGUUUAGCGUUUAAAGGUGUUGCUGAGAGACUGACUCUUGGUAUUACCCGAAUACUUGAAAACAUGCCCGGUGUGGAUGAUGUGCGUUUUGCAGAAAGAGAGCCUGCUGAGAAACGAAGUCUGCUAUCAUGGGAACAGAAAAACACUUGUAUUUUGCCAGAGGAUCUGCGAGAUUUCUAUCUCACCACUGAUGGAUUUACACUUACCUGGAGUGUUAAACUGGAUAAUGAGUGUGUUCCCUUAGGAUGUAUGAUGAUAAACAGCGUGGCUCGGCUGUGUCCACUGCUGCAGCCAGUACCGUUAUUCUCUCUCCCCAAUGCCCCCUCACUGACUGACCUGGACUGGGAAGACAACAGCACAGAGCAUGAUUCAGGACAUGCUCCUGCUGCUCCGCAUUUUGAUUCCCGGAGUCGCAUCUUUGAAUUGGACUCCUGUGGCAGAAAUGGCAAAGUGUGUCUAGUCUACAAAAACUGCACCCCAGGUGUGGUGGCCCAGCAGAGUGAAAUCUGGUUCCUGGACCGUUCUCUGUGCUGGCAUUUUCUGACAUCAACCUUCACUUCUUACUACCGAUUGAUGAUCACCCAUCUCGGUCUGCCUGAGUGGCAAUACUGUUUCACCCCAUAUGGCCCCAGCCCUCAGGCCAAGCAGUGGGCAUCCCUGUACCAGCCUCUUACAUUCAGCAGUGAACUCAGCCCAGCUGAUGCUGCUGGAGAUGGUCAUCUUAAUAAACUGGAUCCCACCAAAGCCUUCAGAGGCAAAGCAAAGGUACCUGCCCCCAAGAAGAAGCAGUCAGCACAGAGCAGCUUAAGCAGCAACGCUAAAGGUCAAGGCAGCACAGGAAGACACAGCGGGGUCAAGCGGUGAGGGGGUUCCCAUUUAAGAACAUUUCAUUCACCUUUAUGGUUUAAAUGACCAGAAUGAAUUAUUGAGCAGCCAUUGAAUCCUUUAAUAAGUGUGGGUCGGCAGCUCUAUGCUCCAUGGUAUCACAACUAUGUAUGAAAUGUGCAUGACAAAAUGAACACAUCCAGGUCAGCCCGAGAUGACCUAGCUGAUGGAGUCACAAUGGCAUGUAACAGGUUGUCACCAACCAUGAUUAUCUAAGAAUUAAAUGUAAGGCAAUGUUAUUUUUCCCACAAACUGGACACAAAUGAUGAUAAAGCUACGCUGCUGCAAAAUUUAAUUGUUGCCUUGAUUAGUUGUUUGUGUAUAUAUUUUUUUACUUUUAGGUGCUUAUGAUGGUGACCUUUCCAAAGUGGUCAAACUCAUCAACACUAGAUUAGUAAAAUCUUCACUAGUGACACCUAAUGGUUAAAAAAUCAAAUAAAACAGACAGCUUUAUAACACCAUGAUGUGCUACUUGAGACACUGACAAUGACACUGGGCAGCAAAUUAUAUCAGUGCUGUAAUGAUCACAGACUCAUACACUUUAUCAUUACAUUACUGCUGAGGUUGUAUCUGCUGCUCUAAUACAUUAUACUAAUAUAUUCUAAAAACCUAAAAGAGAUUUGAAAACGGUCAAAUAGUGCAUCUGUUAUGUAACUGAAGACACUGAAGAAAACCAGAAUGAAUAACUGUAUACCUGAAUACUGUUCACAUUUCAGCAAAAGUAUCUCAAA